ACAGGGUGGGGAUUGGAGCGUGAGAGAAGGUGUCCAGCAGCCUGUAGGACAUGCGCAGCAGAGCGCACAGCAGCGCAUGCGCCCCGCAGGAAUCCACGGGCGUCGAUCCUCUCACCGCAGCGGUGGCAGAUUUAUUUAUUUUUUAUUUUUUUGUCACAUAUGUGGAGUGCUAUUCACGGCGGGACCGGUGCGCUUGAAACAGGAAUGGAGAGCCUUUCUGCGGAGGAGGAGGAGGUGUGAUGCGGCUCCGACUCACUUCUGAGGCUUGAAGAGUUGAGUUGAAGCAGCCCGGGCUGCAGAUGCAACCUGCCGGUAAUCCCAUCUCCUUUAUUGCGGUGUUUCCUCAGAAAGCUCCACAGGCAGAGGGGAGUACAAUGACAACCUGCUGAAUGAUGGAGUAAAAACGAAGCUCGCCGCAGGAUGCGCAUCCUCAGCCCGAUCAGGGAGAAGAAGGCACAUCAACCCGGCUGUUUCCCUUCAGGCGCGCGUCACAGCCUCCCCCCGGUGCCGUGGAUUGAUCGCCUCCUUCAUCAUCCUCCUGUAUAAUGGAGAGCUCCAAUGGCUCUGACUCCAAGCCGCAGAGCCAACAGUUGGAGAAGAAGAGGCUGAACCGAGCGCCUUCCCCUGCCAGACCUUUCCUGAAGGAUGUGCACCCCCGCUCCAACAAACCACCUGCCAUCGUCCCCAAAUCCCCGAAACUCAGCAAGCAGCAUCAGUCCGCCGCGGUGUCCACAGCGCAUCCGAACCGCAGCUCCAGGCGCAACAUAACAGGGGCCAAAGAGAAACCAGCCGCGCCGAAAAGUAGCACCAGGUCCCCCGCAGCGAAAAAGCCCAGCAAGGUGCUGCAGCCUGCGGCAGCCGCGGAGCCCAAACCCGCCAGCACCAGCAGCCCGGUCCUCAGCAAAGGCAAGAAGGGCAAACCCACCGCGGGGCCUCUCAGCCAUGGAUCCCCGAUCAGGGUACCCACCGGGGCCACCCUCGGCCGGGUCACCCAGACGGACAGCAGCUCCGACCUGUCGGAGUCCGAGCCGCUGUCUGACGAACACAAGCCGGUACCUGCCAGCGACGCAGAGUCCGGUACCGGUUCUAGCGACCGGGAUCAGCCGAUGGGGGCUCUGUCCUCUCAGGGGCCCCAGAAAGCGCAGAAAGCCUCCAGCAGCGCAGGAAGCAAGGCUGCAGCAGAGGAUGACCUGCUGCGGGAGAUAGAUGAACUGAGAUCUGAAAACGACUACCUCAAGGAUGAAGUGGAGGAGCUGCGAGCCGAGAUGGAGGAGGUUCGGGACAGUUACCUGGAGGAGGAGGUGUACCAGGUGCAGGAGCUGCGGAGGGAACUGGACCGAGCCAACAAGAGCUGCCGCAUCCUGCAGUACCGGCUGAGGAAGGCUGAGCAGAAGAGCCUGCGGGUGGCUCAGACGGGCCAGGUGGACGGAGAUCUGCUGCGCAGCCUGGAGCAGGACCUGAAGGUUGCAAAGGACGUGUCAGUGCGUCUGCACAAUGAGCUGGAGAGCACAGAGGACAAGCGCAGUCGAGCGGAGGACGAGAACGAGAUGCUUAGACAGAAGAUCAUCGAGGUGGAGAUCUCCAAACAGGCGCUGCACAACGAGCUGGAGAGGAUCAAAGAGACGGCUCUGAGGCGACGAGGUAGCAGGGAAGCUUUUAAGGAGAAGAAAUCAUCAAGUCAGGAGGACAGUGCAGACCUUCGAUGCCAGCUCCAGUUUGCCAAAGAGGAGUCCGGCCUCAUGAGGAAGAAGAUGGCAAAGCUUGGUCGGGAGAAGGAUGAACUUGAACAGGAGUUACAAAAGUACAAAUCCAUUUAUGGCGACAUUGACAGUCCCCUUCCCUUAACUGAUUGCACUGGUGGGGGCCCUCAUACGACACGAGAAGCAGAGCUCCGGCUGCGCCUAAAGCUGGUAGAGGAAGAGGCCAAUAUUCUUGGAAGAAAAAUUGUGGAGUUGGAAGUGGAGAACCGCAGCCUACGAGCAGAAAAUGAAGACAUUCGUAGUCAGUAUGAAAGAGAUUGCUUUGGGCGAGAACCUUUCUCCAGUAUGCCCUCUUCUCCAUAUGGUGGUGACCCGUUAGAGUCGGCUGGCGAGCUGCGUCGGCAUCUCCAGUUUGUGGAAGAGGAAGCUGAACUGCUACGCCGAUCUAUCUCAGAGAUUGAGGACCACAAUAGGCAGCUGACAUCUGAGCUCAAUCGCUUCAAGUUUGGCCCCAGCAGCACUUCUGGACUUACCAGUGAGGAAAGCAGUGAGGGGGUAUUCUAUAAACCAGGGAAUGGAGGGAGUGGCAAUGGUUCUAGCAGUGGAAUGAUGAUGGAGGAGCUUAAAUCAGCCCGAAUGCAGAUCAAUGAGCUGAGCGGAAAGGUCAUGAAGCUGCAGUAUGAGAACCGUGUCCUCUUGUCCAAUGUCCAGCGCUGUGACCUGGCUGCACACCUAGGCCUUCGCACUGGAAGCCCUCGAGACAGUGAUGCAGAGAGUGACGCAGGCCGGAGAGAGGCUGCUGAAGAGGAGGAAACGGGGCGACUACUUCUGUUACAGCCAAAGAGGGAGGGUCCAAUUGGGGGAGAGAGUGACUCUGAAGACCUGUUUGAGAAAACAGGGACCACCUCAGGUUUAGGAAGCAUUAAACCCUCGGAUGGCAAUGAGCUGAGCGCCACUGAGCUUGCCAACCGUAGAAGAGAAGAGCGGGAAUCAUUUGCUAACGUGAAACGGGAAGCCGACAGGCUCGGGAAGACUGUGGAUCGUCUGAUCACGGACACAGACAGCCUGAUCUUUGAAGGGAGGCUGCUGGUAACCACAGGGGAAAACCUCGAUGGCGGGGCAGCAUCUGGGUCCAAACCAGACACUCAAGUACUUGACAGCAUCAACACUCGCAUGAAGGCUUUCCGUACAGAGCUCCACAUCUUCAUGGAGAAGCUGGAUCAUGUAGGAGAGGGCCUGAAAGAAAGGACAGAUGAUCUAUCUCCAAUGCCCAACCUCACAGAGUCAAGCAGCUUCUUGUCUACGGUUACCUCUAUGUCCCGUGACUCUCCUAUCGGCAACUUCGGAAGAGACCUGGUCACGGACUUCCAGUCCGUUCAGAGGGAUGAGCUGGAGUGGCGUCUAGGACAGGAGCGAGGCGUGGAGCCCCAGAGCCAGGUUGGGGGCCCGGCCCAGAGCAGGGGAGCCACGGGACUCACUAUGUACCACAGACCCCUGGCUUUAAGAAUAGAGCACCGGGACACGGCUGCUUCUGAGGCUCAGUUUCGUCUGGAAAAUGAGCGAAGGAUGAGAGCUGUGACAGAGGAGCGGGAAGCUGUCAACAUCCUGCCUCAGGAGGAGCAGCGCUUAUGUCUGGAGGCGCAGCGGGAAGGCCUGGAGCUUCAGGGCCUUCAGAGCCACGAGGCGCCCUGGGCUCAGGAACGAGCAAUGCUCCAACAAGAGGUGCACUUGUUCAGACGCAAUACCAUCAUCUUCUACAUGAAGCUCAGGGGGAUUCUUUUGCAGUGGAGGCUCGGCUGCAAGGGCGACUCAGGAGAAGAGCCAGGCUCACCCGACAUAUGUCAGUUGGAGAAGCUGGAGGGCGUCCCAGAGCUGGGAGUGACGGCGGAGCAGGUGGAGGGGGAGACGGAACGAGACGACAGACUCUGUUUACCACAAACUCCGGGAGACACUCCUGAAGCUGGACCCGUCGUCCCUCUGCUGUCCCCUGAUCGACACCUGCAGCAUCAGAGACAGUUGGGUGAGAACAGGCGAGUGCUGCAGGCCCUGCGAGGGCUCCUGGAGGAGUUUCGAGAGGAGCUGCGGGACGAGCAGAUGAGGCGGUGCCAACUGCAGCAAGCGUACGCCAAUGACAAAGCAGCCUGGGAGGUCAAGUGGACAGAGAUGAAGUGCCAGGUCACCCAGCUGGAGGAGGAGGCUCGUAGAACGGAGAGAGGUGAAGCUCAAGGAGGCGAAGAGGAGCCGGCUGGAGCGGAGCCCACCUGGGCACUGAAGCAGGAGCGGGAGGAGCACCGCCGCUUGUUGUCCGAGAGCCACAGCGAGUCCCUGGACCUCCGCUGGAAGCUGCAGCACGGAGAGAAGAGGUGGAACCGUGAGAGGGCUGAGCUCCAGGAGCGCUUCGACCGGGAGCGCCAGGAGUGGGAAGGCAGCAUGAGGGAGCUCCGCCGGAAGAUGGAGAGGAUGCAGAGGGAACUGAACAGCAGAAGAGGGGAGGGCACCGACGUCAAAGAUGGCAGCUUAGCCCAAAGAGGAGUGUUCUCACCUCAGGAAAGUCCGUGCAACGCGCCACGGUCCCCUCACACUCCUCAGUCCCCCUGUUCGUCCACUCCUGUGCCUGUGCCCCCCACGCGCUCCCACUCAGACUCUGAGGCUUUACUGGGUGAGCAGGGGGCUGCAAUGAGGCUCAAGGGCCCCACGGAGAACCUGUUUCUGGAUGCCCUGACUCUUGACCCCAUUAGUGGUCUGGAGGUCCCUCCCCCCUGCCGACUGGAGAGUGAGAAGCGGUUUCCCUGCAUGAAUGAGGCUCUUAAUGAGAUCUCAGAGGAUGAAGAUGUUCAUGGAUACCCAGAAGAGGAGACGAGAGAAGGUGGAAGUCUCCUCAGAGCCAAGUCUGUGUGCUCCAUGAGUGACUUCCAGCGGUUGAUGGACAGCUCGCCGUUCCUCCCCGACAAGACACGCCCUGGCGGCCCAGAUCGAGACGACAUCACCCCACCACUCUCUCCAGAUGACCUGAAGUACAUUGAGGAGUUCAGCAACAAGGGCUGGGGUUUCCCUGGUUCGCCUUCUGCCCAGGGGGUGUUGACGGGCAGACUCAUCAAGGAAGGGGAGGCCAGUGCUGAAACGCUUCAGCAGACCUCCUGGUUCCUGACCACCAGCGCGACCCUGACCACCAACACCCUGAGCAGCCCUGAGCACUGCCACAAGUCCCCGCUCAGGGGCAAUGGGGCUGGGGUUGGAAUUGAGCACUAUGGCGUUCCCAUCCUCCACAGUCCAACCAGAGAUAUGGCAGCUGAGCGCACCACAGUCCAGGACCCAGAUGCUCUGUAUUCCAGGGCGAGCAAAGCAAGGACUGGAGGAGAGGCUGUCAUUGGAGCCAGUGGAUCUGACGAGGUGUUCAGCAGUCCACGGUGGCCCUGUCUCCUGGAGGGUGGGGGACUCAGGACUUCUCCCAGUCAGUCUCCUAUCUGCUCCUCUGUGGGCUAUGCUUCCUCACUGGAGCUUCAGCUCCAGAAAAAUCUGAGUGAUGACAUGAAGGAAGUAGCCAUAUCCGUACGAAAUGCCAUUCGCUCCCCACCUGGGCUGGCGGUGCGCGACAAUGCCUGUCAGACCAACGGAUUCACCACACGAGGAACCCAGACUACCCAGACCAUAAGUGUAGGUCUACAAACAGACCUGCUGCGGAACCUGACCAGCAGCCCUCACCGCUGCCUCACACCCAAAGGCGGCAGCACCCCCAUCUCAUCUCCAUCACGCAGCACCAGGAAGGUCCAGUACUCCCCGGUGGUCCAGAGCAAGUUCGAGAGACCCUGCUGCUCACCCAAAUAUGGCUCACCCAAGCUGCAGCGUAAACCAUCCACAUCCAACAAGAACGAGGUACCCAACAACACCCGGGCCCCCACGCCCACCACCCCUCAGAAGGGCAACGGUGAGUCGGCCUGGGCCCGCUCCACCACCACCAGGGACAGUCCUGUCCACACCACCAUCAACGACGGUCUCUCCAGCCUCUUCAACAUAAUCGACCACACGCCCGUGGUCUACGACUCCCUGCAGAAGUUCAACAAGUCCCCAAGCCGCUCCAGACCCACGCCCCCGCCCACAGCAGAACCCAGCCCUGCUCACGCGGCCCUUGUAGGAGACCCCAGGAACAUGCAGGACUGCAUACGGAUUGCCAGGGGGCGUUCCCCCAGCCCAGUGCAGCUGAUUGUAGAGACUCAGGGGGACAAGAACCCUGAGGUGGUCAGCAUCCGUCAGGAUCUGUCCGCCCCGCCGGGCUACACGCUGGCUGAAAACGCAGCUCGCAUCCUCAACAAGAAGCUGCAGGAGCAGAACUUUAGAGAGGAGCGAAGGCUGCAGGGGGGAGGACAGGGAACCCACAGCAGGGACACCAGCAGGCAGGCGGAGUCUGACAGAGGACAAUCUGGAUGUAUGGAGGACCUCCCUCGUUCUCCGGUGGCUCCGCCGUUGGACUCCUGCUUCCUGAGGCCGCCCUGCCCAGCUAACCGCCGUCCCCCCUCACGCUGGGCCGCACACUCCCCUUCCUCUUCCCCCAAGUGGAGCGAGGGCACGAAGAGGAGGUUCACCUUCCCACCGAUGGGAGAAAGGAAGCCCAUUCUAGAGGGAGAGGAACCAGCCUGAAGGCUGCCCAAAUCUUUUUCUCCCUUCUGUAAUUUAAGCCUGAAGAGACCCAGUACCUCAAUAAUGCCCCCCCAAAACUAGAUACCCAUAAAAUAUUGCGCCAGAGCAGGGGGAAGGUAUCUAAUAAGUAGCACCAGCUGAUCAUUAAAGAAACCAGGACUGUUUGGAAGUAUCGGGAAUGUACUGUAAUAUCAAAUGUUGGCAUUUCCAUGAGAGGUGCCUGUGUGGGUUCACCUCAAUAAUAAUAAUAUCACAAAAAAAUGUCAUUCUUGCAGUUAUUCAAUCCAGAAACAAAACGUGUUGAUUUUUACCCACAGAGUGAAAUAUUUCACAUAUUUCUAUUCAUUUUCA